AGUGCUGCAGACUCUCUCUCUCCACUCUGGGUCUAUGUCUCUCUCUCUCUCUGAGUCAGUCUGUUGGUUUCCAUUCGUCGUUCGUCUGGAAUGAACUCAGACUGAGAGGAAGAGAAGCCACAAAGUGACGAAGAAAACGAAGAAGAAGAGGAAGAGGAGCAGCUUCAGAAGGUCUGAGGUCUCCUGACCAAUCACCUGAUGUGAACCAAUCAGGCAGAGAGACAACCUCAGCAUGGAGCAAUGGCAGGCAGGCGGCACACCUGAAGCACAGUGCUCAGGCUCGGUGACCAUGAUGGGAUCCAUCAGGGGACAGAGAGGAAGCCUCCACCUUCUGCACUUCCUGUUGGGUGUGUUCCUGGUUCAUCCUGAAGGGGGUGUGUCUCUGGAGCUGCUGCCAUCGGCCUCUCAAGUGCUGCUCCCCUCCAGCUCAAACUUCACUGUGGUGUGUUCGGGGUGGAGUCAGGUGAUGUGGCUGCUACCUCAGGAUUCUCAUGUAGAUGGGGUUCUAGUGGAUGAUCAGGGCUCCACUAGCAUCCUGCAGCUCUUAAAUGUCACCUGGAAGAAUUCUGGGAGAUACACCUGUGAGGAGCCAUCAUCUGAUCAGAGCCGAAAUAUCGAUGUCUUCAUUCCUGGGCAAGGUCCUGAUGAAUGGUUCGUCCCAUUGGGUCCAGGCGUGGUGAUGAAGGAAGCAGAAGAAGACACCAUUCCCUGCGUGGUGUCCAAUCCAAAGCUCAACGUCUCGCUGUAUGAGCGCCCCGCCAGGACGCCGGUCAGCAGGAUGACAUACGAGCCGGGGCGUGGCUUCACAGGUCGUCUCAAUGACACAUCGUAUGUGUGCGUCGCCACCUACGGAGCUGAGGAGAGAGAGUCCCAGGUGUACUACGUCUUCAGCAUCAUUGUCCCAAAGGAGAUGGAGGUGGACCUGUCGGUGUCCAGCAGUGUGCUGAAGCAGGGCGAAGUCCUCACUGUAAACUGCACCGUCAAAGACACGGAGAUGGUUUUCUUCUCCUGGGACUUUCCCCGCAAAGAGGAAAUCGAGCCACUGACAGACUUCCUGCCCAAUCGGAUCCGCUCGUUUGUUAACAUCACCUCAGCAACAGUGGCAGAUUCAGGUGUGUAUGUGUGCAUGGUGCAGGAGACAAGGCAGGGACAAACUGUGAGGAAAAACAUCACAGUAACAGUGCUGGACCGAGGUUAUGUGUACCUGUGGCCCUCGGGUGAGACCAAUGUGUCGUCUCCCCUCCAUCAAACGGUGGAGCUAAGUGUGGAGAUCGACGCCCACCCCGCCCCUACUGUCAUCUGGACCAGAGAGAACCAGUCUGUUGCCACGGACACCACCGCCAUCAACACCUCACACGUGUCGGACAGCCGGUACGUGAGCAAGCUGAUGUUGGUGCGCGUGCAGAUGGAUCAGACAGGAAGUUACACAGCAACCAUUUCCAAUGAUGAUGACAUCAAAGAGGUUACCUUCAACCUGGAGGUGCAAGCCCCACCCAUGAUCAUGUCCCUGUCGGAGGUCAGGAGUAACACUGUGCUGUGUGUGAGUGAGGGAGCUCCAGCCCCCUCUGUUACCUGGUACACCUGUUCCAGCUCACACAGAUGCAGUCGUUUAAAUGGCGAGUGGAAGAGCCAAUCAGCAGCCUCAGAGGGCACGACUCUGCAGGAGAACGUCACUGUGAUGGCAGAGAAAGGUGUAACCCAGGUACACAGUACGCUGACUCUGCAGACGCUCAGCUCUCUGUCGGCCGUUCGCUGUGAAGUCACAAAUGCAGCAGGAAGACGAGUGAAGGACCUCCGAGUCGUCUCCAGCUCUCUCCUGUCUCAGGUGGUGGUCUUGGCAGUCGUCCCGGUCUUGGUCAUUAUUGCUGUCAUCUUCCUCGUCAUCCUCAUCAUCCUCUGGAGGAAAAAACCUCGUUAUGAAGUUCUUUGGAAGGUGAUCGAGUCUGUGAGUCCUGAUGGACAGCAGUACACCUACCUCGAUCCCGCCCAGCUGCCCUACAGCUCCACCUGGGAAAUACUGCGGGACCACGUAGUUCUAGGUCAGGUGCUGGGUUCAGGUGCGUUUGGCCGCGUUGUCGAGGCUACCGUCUCUGGUCUGACUCACUCUCACUCUACAAAAGUGGCUGUGAAGAUGGUCAAACCGAGGAGCGAUGCCGUCCAGUCUCUGAUGUCAGAGUUGAAGAUUUUGGUUCAUCUCGGUCCUCAUGUGAACAUCGUCAACCUACUGGGAGCCUGCACGAGAGGAGGUCCCGUCUAUCUCAUCACUGAGUUCUGUUGUCAUGGAGACCUUGUGAACUACCUGCAGAGGAACAAACAAACUUUUUUACAAGGAGACACACAGACCAAGAGUGACUGUGAUGGUGGGUACAUGGACAUGAACAAUGAAGAGGGCUCUCAGUACGUUGCCAUGAAGGAGCUCAGUUACGCCGACAUCAAACCUGCCAUCUACGAGACGCCGUACACGCCAGCAGACCAGCAGGAGGCGCUGCUCCUCAGUGACUCUCCUCUCCUCUGCCUCAGUGAUCUCAUCGGCUUCUCCUACCAGGUCUCACAGGCCAUGGACUUCCUCUCCUCCAGAAAGUGCGUGCACAGAGACCUGGCAGCGAGGAACGUCCUGGUCUGUAAGGGGAAGCUGGUGAAGGUCUGUGACUUUGGUUUGGCCAGAGACCUGCUGAAGGACCAGGAUUACAUCUCCAGGGGAAACAGCUUCCUGCCGCUGAAGUGGAUGUCUCCAGAGAGCAUCUUCCAGAACAUAUACAGCUCGCAGAGCGACGUCUGGUCCUUCGGAGUUUUGCUGUGGGAGAUCUUCUCUCUGGGUUGCAGACCGUACCCCGAGCUCUCCGUGACCCAGGAGUUCUACUCUGCUCUGAAGAGAGGAUACAGAAUGACCCGACCUGAACACACUCCUGAUGACAUGUACGACCUGAUGAAACGCUGCUGGGAGGAGAAACCUCAGUCCAGACCUUCUUUCUCCUCACUGGUUGUCUCCAUGGGCAACAUGUUGAGCGACGACUACAAACAGCGUUACCUGCAGCUGACCCAAGACUUCCUGAAAGGAGGAAAUCCAGCUGUGCAUCGUUACAGUCACAGUUUAUCCAGAGGUGCCGAAGACCAGACACACAGUCACGCAGACACACACGGAACCCCCACCCCUCAGGUGAAUAGGUCAGAGGGGGAGACAGUGGAGGCAGGCCCCUCCCAUGGCACUUACGUCCUCCCUGUUACUGAAGUCACCAUUGAGAGCAGCAGUGGCACCGCGCUGGACGCACACAGUCCUCUGCUCUCAGAUCCCCUCGCCAUCUUGGACUCUCAGGAAGUGACAUCAUCAGAGGACAGACAGGAAGCUGCAGGGCCUCCUGAGGAGGAGAGCUGCCUGUGACAGACAGCCGCAGGGUCCAAACAUCCGUGACUGUGGGCUCAUGUGCCCUGAGUGUGGACUGUAAGGCUGUGGGUUUAGGUCACAGAGGGGUCAGAGUGUACAGCAGGUCUUGAUUCACAUUUAUAACCUUUAGUAUCCUCCAUGUACUCCGCAUUACUCUGUCUUUAUAUCUGCAUAUCAAAGUGCUUUAAGCCUCAAACUGCUGACUCGCGUCAGGACUGAAGCUUCCAUUAAAGUGUAUUUAUGGAUCAGA